AUGAGAACGGCGUGGCUAACCUUACUGUCGUUGGCAGCGGCCACUCCUAGUGCAACGUUCCCUUUCAAUAACCAGCUUCCGCCCGUGGCACGCUAUGGCGAGCAAUUCUCUUACACUUUUUCGACAGACACCUACACAUCCUCAGAGACAAUCUAUUACUCUGCACCGGAUCUGCCGCCAUGGCUGAAGUUUGAUGCCGAUUCAAAGACCCUUUCUGGUACACCUCCUGCCGAGGACUCUUCUCAGGGGGACCAGCAAGUUCACUUCAGUUUGCAGGCGUCGGACUCUACAGGCACUCUUGUGAGCCCUUGCUUUUUGCAAUUGUCUAAUGUUCCCGCUCCGCAGGUUAAAUCCGCUGAUGCGUUGACGCAAGUUUUGGAGGCAGCUGGUAACACAUCAGAUGCCAACUCGCUGGUUUUGCGCCCAGGCAAGCCAUUCGAGAUUAACUUUCCUGGCGACUUCUUUACUUCUAAUGGACGGACUGUUAUUGGCCACUAUUCUGUCACUGGAGAUCACGCCCCCUUGCCUAUUUGGCUUAAUUUUGACGGCGGAAGUGGAAAGUUCUGGGGCACCGCUCCUUCGGUUACUUCGGACAUUGCGCCUGCACAAAGCUAUUCAAUAUUGUACAUCGACUCAACUUACCAGGGCUUCACGUCAGCUAGCGUUGAGUUUAAUUUAAAGGUGGGCGCCCACAUUCUUGUUGCAAACAUCACCACAGAGACCUUGAAUGUUACUGCCGGUAAGUCGUUCGAAUAUCAAAUCCCUGUCAGUGACGUUCAGCUCGAUGGUGAGCCAAUCGCACACCAGGAUGUUUCUAAUGUGGUUGCCACUUUACCAGACAAUGCCAGCUGGCUUAACUUUACCGCUUCGAAUGGUGGUGUGCUUGCUGGAACGGCUCCUAAGAGCGCAGCUAACCAAACGUUUGAAGUUCAGAUUGAGCUAUUUGAUCAGUACAAUGACACUGUUUCUUUCACUGUCGAUAUCCAAGUUCAAGGUAACCCGUCCAACCGAACUGUGUUUAGUGCGUCAUCUUUCAAACCGGCAAAUGUCACCCAAGGUGAGUACUUUGUGUACUCAAUUUCCGAGUAUUUGCUAACGAAAAAUAACGUUGAGAUUGACGUUGAUACACAUAAUAACGGUUGGCUCAGCUACAACUCAGGGAACUACAGUUUGCAGGGUAUGGCGCCGAGCACCUUCAAUCAAACCGACGUGACAUUUACAGCAAAGGUUGACGGUGAUGAGAGCUAUAGUGGCCUGGAUGCUACUCUUCCGUUGAUGGGUGUAGUCAACCUCAGCAAAAUGUCGAAAACAGUUUCCAGCAGUGCCCCAACUUCUUCACACAGUGCUACGAAGAGUCACACUGGUACGACUGCCACGGCCACUGCGACCUCAACUUCUACUUCUAGCACCACUGCAGCUCCUGUCCCUCAAAAGAAAACCAGCUCUAAUACUGGUGUUGCCGUUGGCUGUGGAGUGGGUAUCCCCCUGGGACUUAUUGCUGUUGCAGCACUAGCCUUUCUCCUAUGGCGUCGCCGUAAGAAGCAACAGAGGCAAGCAGCAGCUGCAGGCGAUAUUGAAUCACGUACGAUGCACGAUGGAUCUCCAGGCUCCAAGGAUAUUUCAAAUCCAGUGCUUGCUGCUGAUAGCAUGUUGAUGGCACCUGUGUUCAAGGUUGAGUCUGGAAGCAGCACUGACAGUUCAGGCACGGCGGUUGACGCGAACGAGAAAAAGAUGGAGGACAACGACCCACAGCGUAGAUCCACGUUCAACUUUAUGAAGAUGGAUGGCGACAAUGACGAUGCCCAUACUUUGACCAAUGUCCAGCCUAUGGAGGCGCUGCCUGUGCCCCAGAACAACCGGGUGCAGAGCGUUGCAACCUCACACUAUUCCGACACCGGUGCUGGCACCGGUGUUGCUGCCGCUGCUGCUGACGUGCCUCGAGCAUCGUGGCGACACACUAAUAUUGGCGAGCGCCGCUGGCAGGAUGCGCGCAUCUCGUAUAGCUCGUUGGCUUCUAUUGAAUCUGCCGACGGGCCACCAACCGUUCAGCUUGCCAGUGCCGAAUUCGCGGCACCCAACCGGGCAAUGCCUCGCGAUGAAUCCUCGGGUAUUAUGCAAAAGCUUGGCUCUCACUCUUCUUCUCUAGCUGCUCAUGCUGAAGAAGAUGAAUCCACGCCCCGACCCGUUGGCUCAAUGGGUACUUUUGCUGCCUUCCGAGGCGAGGAUGCUAACCCCAAUGGGGCUGACGAUGCCUACCACACAGCAUCUUCGGGGUCUGACAGUGAUGACAGUAGCGUUGGAAUUCGUCCAUGGCGCGACUCGCAGGGCGAGAUGCGAUGGAAGGGCAAGAACGCCAUGUCGGCCGGUGUCGAACGGAAGCCCUCCCAGGUAGGUCACAAGCCACCGCAAGGCGAACGUGGAGAACUUGCUUUUAUUUAG